GGUCUUUCUGCGACUGCUACGUUUACUCCGAGGUGGAGCGGGUGUGGCAGAUCGUCAAGGGCGACCUGGCCGGGUCGUUCGGCACGCACGGCGGAGCGAACUCCGCGCCUGUGCGGCGUGUCUUGACCGGGACGUCCGGGAUCGGGAAGUCGGUGGCGGCCGGCGCCUACCUCCUCUACCAGCUGCUGCACUACGACGCAGAGCAACUCCCCACGGUUGCGUACUUCGUUGCGGACACAGCUUUCCUGUUUGACAAGGCCACCAAAACGAUGUCGUCUUUCCCCUAUUCACCCCCAGCGAUUGAAAGUUUUCUGGAGGUCGCCACACGCACGAGGGGGUAUAUUAUCUGCGACGUGAUGUGGGGAAAACAGCAGACGUUGUCCGUCAAACUGCCCCCCGCCGGCUGGGGCAUGCUCGUCGUGCUGCCCCCAGGAGAAGCUCGUUUCAGGGAGUGGGAGGAUGAAAUGGGCGCCCGCCGCAUCGUCAUGGACUGCCCUGACGAGAGCGAUGUGACAGCGAUGUGUACUUGGUUGGUGCGCGAAUGCCCUGCGGAGGAGAAAGCGGAGUACUGGGAGGACUUCCAAAAGGGCAUGGCUCUUCUGGGCCCAAUUCAGCGCAACGUGUUACGCGGAUACUGGCAUGAGCUUGCGAGUCGCCUGCAGGGGGCGAUGGAGCGGCUCUCGACAUGGGCCGUCAAUUGCUACGUCGGGCUGGACAAAACGAAUUUGUGGCGUUGCCGCGUUCCGACGGAAGAUUUCUCGAAGAUGGUCCGGGUGGUGACGGGGCGGGGGACGGAGUGCUUCCAGAACGCCCCGGCUUCUGCUGCGGUCAGGGCCGACGUGUUGGUGCGCGUGGCGAGGGCGAUGCGGACGCGCGCCGGCUUCAUGACGGUGCUGAUGCCCCAUCAUGUGCUGCUGCCGUCCGCCGUGUGGGUGCACGCAGUCGGCGCGUUCAUGUACCCGGGCUUUGUGGGCAGGAUGCGGCGCAAGCUGCGCGAGCUGCGGUCCCCGACGGGACGCGAGCCACGCCCCUGCCUGCUGCAAACUAACCCGCGGCUGCGCCCCACCGACGCGGUCGCACUGCGGCCGAAGGUGCUCCACCCCGGGAAGGUGGACGCAAACUACCGGGUGCUGUACGUGCCGGGGGUCGAAAACUUUCCCCUCAUGGACGCCUUUUUCUUCGUUGCGGCGCCGCGGAGGACGAUGGUUGGACUGCAGACGACCACGGCGAAGGCGCGCCGCGUUGCAACCGACACGGUGAGGCAGUUCAACGAGCAGCUGGCGGAGUUUUUUGAGGGCUGGAAAAAGUUUGCCCGGGGUUUGUCGUGGGAGAUUAUUUACGUGCAGCGUGCAGAUAGCGUGACGAUAAACGCGUGGCAGGAGUGCAAGAAUGCGGGCGACAGGGCCAGUGCGGAAGAUAAAUGGCACAGGACCUUUUGGGACAACGAGGUGCGCCAGUACCACAUGGCUAUAUCGCACGAAGACGCAAUUGCUGUGUGUAGUGCGUGA